AUGGGCUUGCAGUGGAAUAUUGCUGCUGGUGUAUUAUAUACCGAAAUCUUUGUACUACUAAUAUUAUGUCUUCCAUUUAUCUCCUAUAGCCGUUGGCACAAGAUUUUACGAUCGAGAAUAAUUACUUAUAUCAGAAGUUAUGGCAACCAGCUCUUCGUCAUAUGUGUUGCGUUUCUAAUCAUCUUGUUAUUAGACUCUAUCAGAGAAAUGAUGAAGGAUCCUAAAAUAAGAGGUCAAGGCUCGGACAAAAUUCACGACAAUUUGAUGCUACAGAUUAAACUACAUCGAGCUCAACGGAAUUAUUACAUCACUGGAUUUGCUUUACUUUGCCUCUUAUUCUUACGGCGUAUAACCAGCCUAAUGUCUUCCGCUGCGGUUGUUGAAGCAUCAAAGGAGGCGGCUAUCAAGCAAGCGGAAAGUGCUUCUAAACAAUGUAGGAUGUUGCUAGAUGAAAACAAGGAAUUAACGGUAAUUUACUCAACUGGAUGUAUAUUUUCCUGCUAA